UCGCAGUGAAAGAACAUCCCUUAACUGCUCUCUCGCAACAAAGAUGGCUUCUGAAAUGAAGGAUAUACUCGUAGUAAGCACUCAGUCGGUGUUAUUACUUCUAUUUUUCACUGGUUCAUCUUUCUGUGCUCCUGCCAUUGAUAAUGAAAUCGUAUACGACCAACGACAAAAUGGGACUGAGAACUACCGCGUACGGAUCAACGACGUGAUAGUAGUGCAUGCGCCCCUGGAGGCUCUCGUGGCCUUGGCGAGUGCGGCCGAUGAGUCCGUGUUGCAACAGCUUGGGCUGGCGACUUCUUCACCUGGAACAACCGGAGCUGACCUCGGAAACACUUCGACCGAGUCAACUUCAGCCGUAACUUUGACAACAGAAAGUAAACCAAAGCAAGGAAGUCAGAAGCCAGACACGAAGUCAAAAUCGAGACUGAUGCUUGCAGAACUACUCUUGCCGUUCCUGAGACGCCUUUGAAGAUGCACCGUACCACCAGCACCACUCAAUAGGGAGACUUUUACGUGUCCGUGUAUCUCUUCAUAAUAUUUAUGUUGUCCAUUAAUUAACAUAACGAGCAUGAA